CACUGAGCGCACGUCCGAUUUUUCUUUCACUUUCCGUCGCGAUUUUUUCGCAAAUUUUACAUGUGCUAGUUGUGAAAAUGUCUAAAAUUAAGGCUAAGCGAUAUUGUAUAGCAGCGGAGUGUAAGAAUAAUGACAGAGAUCGAAAUAUCUCGUUUUUCUUGAUUCCAACGGGACAGAGGAAUUUUGAAAGGCGGCAGAAAUGGUUGACAUUACUUGGCAGAGAAGACCUUUUAGACAAGGAUUUGCACUGCAAGUCCUAUUACGUCUGUUGCUCUCACUUUGACGAUUCUUCUGUAAAAAUAGUGAAACAACUUAAAGAUACUGCUAUCCCAAGUCUGUGUUUACCUAAGAAACGAAAAGCCAACGCAAAAAAGCAAACGAGCAAGAAAGAAGAACAGCCAAUAUCUACACCAUGCAAAGAUAUUGAGACUAGUUCGUCAAAAAGUAGCGAAGUAAUGACGGAAACUACAGCAACUUUUUUUAAGCCUAUACAAGUAAAAGAGGAGGAAGAUGAGUGUAGCGGAGGAAAUAUGGCAUCUACAGAGAUUCUGUCCAAUUAUUUACAAAUCAAAAUAGAGGUAGAUGAAAGUAGCGACGGAAAAAUUGCAAUGCAGCAGUUAACCGAAUCUGUGCAAAUCAAAAAGGAAAACGAUGAAGAAUGGAAAGAGACAACAAGUAGUAGCAAAGGAAAUAUGGAAUCUACAGCAAUCCUGUCCGAAUUUGUGGAAAUCAAAGUGGAAAAAGAUGAUGAAUAUUGAAUAUAAAGAGAUAGGUAUAAAGAAGGAAAUAAAGAUUAAAGCAAAUACUGGAACUCAAACAAAUGUAGAAAAAAUAUCAGAGCAAGCACUAACAUCACAAGAAGGAACAUCAAGAAAACCAAAAUUCGUACAAAAAAGAUUAAAGAGCCAAAAGGAAAUUAAAAUAGAAUUAG